GCAGAGAGAGGAGUGACUAUUGAUGCUCCAGUAAUCUGCACCGUGUGAGUCAGUGCUGUGGAGAGCAAAGCAGCAACAGAAACAGCAGCAGCAGUGAGACACGUUUCUCUCUCACGAGCGUCGAAGAGGAGGAUGGGAAAGCAGAGCGUCUAGGCAAGAGGAGGAAGUGAGCAAGCCAUAUAGGAAGCAAGAGAGACACAGAGGCUGACGUUAGGAGGACGAGAGGCAAGAAGACAGAUCGACUGCUUCUUUUUCGAGAGUCUCACAUUUGCAAUUGAAAGGAGGACUAUGAACCAUCACAGAACCUGAUUGACAGCAGUGACCAUCUAAACCGAUACAAAGGAAGAGGAAGUUUACUGUUACAUUGUGAAAGUGGCAGCAGGUUUAAGACUCAACGUGGUGCAGGGAUGUCCUGGUUGUCUCCAGUCCAGUGGGCCAAAUGGACAUGGUCAGCAGUGACUGGGGGCGCGGGGGACGAGGGACAGUCCAAGUCCCAGGAUGACGGAGACAAUUCAGACUCUGAGGGGACCUUUGAGACUCCAGAGGCAGAGUCUCCAGGUGUUGUGAAGCUCUUGGGCCAGGUGGACAACUCCGACCAGACAGUUCUUCCUGAUGUUACAAAUCACUCUCUGGACAAGAACUUCAACCAGGAUGUGGGCCCAGUUUCAGUCCAAGAGGUUGAUUCCCUGAACAAUCUCACAGGAUCUUCACCUAACGACAGCAGCUUUGGUUUGGACCAGAACCUCAACCUGACCCUCAGCAACAAGCCCAGUCCUGGCUCUCUCCUGCUCCAGCCUCCAGCCCUCCGGCCCCCAUCCCUGUCCGUCCUCUCCCCGCUAAACAAACCUGAUCCUUCAGAGGUGGAUGACGAGGCUCCGGUGACGUCUGACUCCAGCCCGGACUCGAACUUGCUCCCUGGUCAUGGCAUUUGCGUGGACCCUGACUUGCUCAAUGGCAACAUGAAUUCUGACGCUGCACUGCCAAACACAAAACUAACCUGUGAGACCAGCAGCUCAAAUAUCACGAACUCCUGUAAGGUGAAGCAGAACCAGCUGAUGCAAAAGGACUUCAGCGGACAGGACGACGACCAUCAUGGAGGCCACGCCACAGACGAGGAGAAGUUGGCCAGCAGUGUGUGUGUCAAACCAGACAAGGACGAAAGCAUUUCCGACUGCAUCGUGACAUCAAAACCCGAGGACUCAGACUGCUGCUCUCUGUAUGAGGAUCCAUGCAAACUGAAGAGCAAGUCGGGAGGAAGUGAAAUGGAGAAAACAGGAAGUCAAGUCCUGGAUUCCAUCUGCAUAAGUGAGGCAGAAAAACAGGCCGUCCUCAGCCUCAUUAGAGAGGAGAUAAUCACUAAAGAGGUGGAAGCCAACGACUGGAAGAAAAAGUUUGAGGUCAGCAGACAAGAAGUUGCUGAGAUGAGGAAGAUUGUUGCAGAAUAUGAGAAGACAAUCGCUCAGAUGAUCGAGGAUGAGCAGCGUAACAACCUGAAUUCCCAGAAGGCUUUGCACACUGUGACGAUGGAGAAGGAAGCCGCCCUGGCAGACCUGAACUCCGUGGAACGCUCUCUCUCUGACAUGUUCCGGCGUUAUGAAACCAUGAAGAGCACCCUGGAGGGUUUUAAGAAAAAUGAGGAGGUGCUGAAGAAGUGUGCUCAGGAGUAUCUGGCCAGAGUCAAGCAGGAGGAGCAGAGAUACCAGACACUUAAACUCCAUGCUGAGGAGAAACUAGACAAGGCCAAUGAGGAGAUUGCUCAGGUGCGUACCAAAGCGAGCUCAGAGAACAUGGCGCUGACCGCUGGUUUGAGGAAGGAGCAGAUGAAGAACGAGUCUCUGGAACAAGCUCUGCAGCAGAAGAAUCAAGAGAUCGAGGAACUCACCAAGAUCUGUGAUGAGCUCAUUGCCAAAAUGGGAAGAACAGACUGAGAGACACUCCCUGUGAAUCAGCCACUCCUGUCCCCUCGGUCCCGCCUGACGGUCUCGCCCUGUGCAUGCCUCAAGCCAAGAAGCAGUUCUCAUACCCUUUGCCAGCCAGACUGCUUAUGUACAGAUGUCUGAAGUAACUUCCUGUAUACUACAUUUGCACUACUGCACAUUGUAUGAGCUGGGACUCUGUUAGCCAUAUGUGGUCACGUUGUUUUGUUUGCAGUUUUUUGCCCAUUAUGAGGCCAGCAUCGGGGCCUCUCGUGCUUUCGUCCAUGCCAGUGAACAGCAACAACCUGCUUGUAACUCUAAAAUUCCCAGCGGCUUAACGGCUAAAUUCCCAGCUACUCCUUCAGCAGGAUGACAUCAUCGCAGGCAGUCGUUUUAGAGUUGCAUGUAGACAUACAGUAUGUUUCAAUGGGCUUUGACGAGGAUUGUUUUAUAUUAGAGCAACAAUCCAUAAAAUGUAUUUUUCUAUAUAGUAGAUAAGGAUUUUACUCUAAAAGAGCAAAGCUCAGGGGUAAUGUGUGUGGCAGAAUGAGGUCAAACUGCACAAGAACUGGAGGAAAGGAUUCGGGAUCGUUUGAGGAAAUCCAGUAGUCCUUGACAUUUUGUUUUUUUCGUUGUUGUUGUUUUUUUGUUUUGUUUUUUGUUUUUGUCAGAAGUGACACUGAAAUCACAACGAGUCAAGACCACAUGUCAGUGAAACUAAAGCUGCAAACAGCUCACAGUGUUUGCUUUGCCUCUCAGAGGAGUAUAAUAACCUGACAAUCGUAGACUUUCCUGUCAUCGUAUCAGCUGUGUGGCAUUCACUGUCUUGUCCAACUCACUAAGUCAGGAAAGAGAAUUUUAUCCUGAUGUGUAUAGAGCGAAUAAAAUCACCUCCACUACGAUACUCUGUGUGAAGGGUCCUGGACCACUGGAAAAAAGUUAAACCAGAGUGUCUCUAUAUUUUGUUUGAAUAUAUUUAAAAGUGUUAGAGACAAAUAAGUGGUGAAAUAUGUCUGUAAUGUUCUUUUAAACCAACACUGUGUCUAAGUAAUCACACUGACCUCUUGGCAUAAAGGAAAGUUAGCUUGACAGCUUUGUGAGAGGUUUUGUUGCUUGCGUGUGGUGAAGGUGAGCAUUUACAGCACUGCAAUCAUUAUUCAACAGAUAAAUCUAUUUCCUUGCAUGUUUAUUUUCAUAGUUUCAUAUUUCUCAGAAUGCAGAUUGUUUACUUAACGCACCAGUAAAACUAGUUGUGUCUGGCUCAGUGAUUUUAGUGAAGACUUAGUGACUGCGUAUCUGAGUAUUGGUUAAAGAAAUCUGAGUGUGAUUAAAGAAAAACCUUUUCAGUGUUAUGUCACUGUUUAUUGAGGACUCAAAAUACUGGUUAUUACAGCUCAAAAUUUUUUCUGCUUUAGCCCCUUUCUUUAAUUGUCAUUUGUACUUUAAAAUUAGAAACGGCGGAUCUCACAUGCGUGUCGACACACUGAGGACUGAGUGUACUUAAGUGUACAUUUGCCUAAAUAAACAUAAAUAUACUUUGUUCUACUA